AUGGAGUCAAGUAGGACAAAAAGUGUUGCGAAAGGCCCGGCAGCUGAAAAGCCCGAGCUAAAAACGCCGCUGAGCAUCAGCAUGUCGGAAAGGCACAAGGCGCAACUUCGCGAGGCGUUUGAUCUUUUUGACUCGGAAGGAACGGGUCGCAUAAAGGCUCUGGACGUGAAGGUGGCGCUUUGUGCUCUUGGCUACGAUGUCAGUAAGGAUGAGCUGGCUCAGCUGCUCAGGCAGGUGGGCGGGUCUAUCGUUGCGGGGGUGGAUUUUAAUGAGUUCUACUGCGUUCUUCUGGCGAAGAUGGCGCAGCGUGAAAGCCGAUCCGAGGCAAUUCGGGCAUUCAAGCUCAUAGAUGUUGGGGAGAAGGGGCACAUUUCCGUCGAUGACCUCCGUCCCAUUGCCGACUCACUGGACAUGGAUCUCACGGAUGACGAGCUGGCGGAGAUGGUGCUGUUUGCCCACCCUUCCAUUGCUUUUGGAAAAAACGAAGCGGAGAUUAAGGAGCCUUUGACAGUGAGCGAGGAGGAGUUUUUGAAGCUCAUGGCACGUGCUCAUGUAUAUUAG